UCAGAAUCCAUGGCGCAAGGGGGAAACAGAACAUUUCUUUUCCCAGACGAACGUAACGCAAGUAAAACAUGGAAUGUCUGAACUUGUUUGUCUUUCUUAUCAAAUUGCAAUUUGAUUGACACUCUUUGGACAAAAAUCCAUCUGGGAAAUGUUUAAGUCAACAAGCACAAUUUACUAUGGUCAACUUUUGUUUACUUACUUUUACCAUAGUAAAAGCCCUUUACCACAGUUAAGUUUCUAAUGUGACCUCAACCAAUGCGAUUCCUCGAUAACGUUUUGAGAGAGAACAAAAACUGUUUAAACAGUUUAAAUCAUCUUGUGUUUCAUCAAUCAGGUAUAUACACCAAGUUUCGUUGAAUAUGAUAAUUAGAUUAACAAAUGUGCAACCAGAAAUUAUAAUCAUGGAUACAAACUAAUUGAUUAACUGCAAUCUCAGGCUUUUCUGUCUUCUGUGAGUAAAUUCUCAAAGUAGUCAUGGGAUCGGGUGGGAUAAAAGGCUACUCAUUAUGAUAGAAUUCCUCACUUAAAGAAGGCAGGCUUGCACAGAUUAACUUGAAUGCUCUGUUUUCAAAUGACGAUGUACUUGGAAUAAAGUGAAUUUCAAAUUAAGAUCAUCCGAGGAAUUCGAAAAGCCGGCCGGCGGCUUGGAUUUGCAAACUCAAUUCCUAACUAUUCGUAUAAACUUACAAUCAGAUCACUUAAAAAAAUUUACGGGUGAAAACGGAUAUAAAAGAGUACUGUGAGGGGGAUGGUACAUCACGACAUAGUCCAUUCAGUCUAUUUUACAGCCUCUGACAUGAAAAACUUUUUUUUUUAACAUAAUUUAAAAACACUAUCAUCAACAAAUGACGAUGUAUAAGUGGGGAAGUGAAAUAUAAAUUACUGACAGAAUUUUGUGCAUUUGUAAUUUGGUUAAAACUGUUGAUUCAUCUGGUCAGAUGACAGGUUAUGGUCCACCUUGCUUUCUGUGGAGAUCUGUAACCCAAAGGUUAUCUCUUAUUUAAUUUCGGAUGAAACCUGAUUACAUUUUCACUUGACACAAAAGGCUCAAAUUACCACUGAUUGUGUAGGAAGUAGAAACAACCUUCCUUCUACGUGUGAACCACCAUGGAUCAAGAAAGAAAGCAACCAAAGACAGAGGGUCGCUUUCCAAAGUUCGCCCGAUUUAUAUUUUGCACAGCUGUUGUUGUUUUCUUGUUGUCGUGCUUGGCUUUCUUAGUUUUGGAAAACGUUCAAAUGAAGCGGAGAUUAACUUUCAUCGAGGAGAGGAUGGUCACGGCAGAGACAAUCGAGAAGUUCUGUGCGACAAUCCGAUGGCAGAGUGACACAGAUGAUAGAGCUGAUACUAAAACUUUGCUUUUAAGAAGAAGGAGAUCGUUGGGUUUGAGUCUACAGAGUCUCGAGAAACGAUUGAAAGUUCUAGAACUCAGGACAAUCAAGGAAAACAAGUCUUCUUCGAGAGACUUGUUUCACACACCAGAAGUACUGAGAGGACGCGAUGGACGGGACGGUAGGGAUGGUAGCGCGGGGCCCGCAGGACCCACGGGCCCUUCUGGACCACCAGGAACACCAGGAAAUCCUGGAACACCAGGAAAUCCAGGAACACCAGGAAUACCAGGUUUUAUUGGUAGCAAAGGAGGAACAAGAGGUUCACCGGGACCAAAGGGAGAACCUGGACCUCAGGGACAAAAGGGACAAACAGGGCAGGGGCUGUCUGGAGUCAGUUACGUUCGCUGGGGCCGGACAAGUUGUCAUGGAGAUCCUCAGGUUGUUUACACAGGAAUCAUUGGAAGCGGUUAUUAUAAUCACCAGGGAGGUGGUGGAAAAUACCUGUGUCUUCCAAACAACCCUAAGUACGACAGAUAUAGUGACAGCUGGGAGCGAACAGGCGCCAUAUAUGGAACUGAGUAUGAAGUUCGUUCCUUUAAUCCAUUUAGAAAUAACUUGCAUGACCAUGAUGCACCAUGUGCCGUGUGCUACGUCAGAUCACGCGGUUCUCAACUGAUGAUGCCUGCAAGAAAUGAUUGUCCAUCUGGUUGGGCUGAAGAGUAUCAUGGUUAUUUGAUGACCGCUAAUUAUGGCCACAAGAGUACACGAGACUUCAUCUGUGUUGACAGGGAGGCUGAGUAUGUUCCUGGCUCCCAAUCUGAUCAGGAUGGUGCGUUGCUGUAUCUUGUACAAGGAGGUUGCGGCUCGUUACCAUGCCUUCCAUACGUCAGGGGCAGGGAGCUGACAUGCGCAGUCUGUACCAAAUAAAAGAUUGCGAACUCGCGAUUCGAAGUCUUCAACUGAUGUGCUUCUGAUGUGCCUCUUUACUCAGUGUUAUACAGUGUUAAGUGUAAAUCUAUACUAACCUGAGAUCUUUGGAUAUUCUGAACGCGACUUAAGUUUUCUAUAACUCUUUUAAAAAAUUGGUCGCACGAAUGAUUUAGUUGUGUCUUAGCCUAGUCUGCAGCUGUAUCAUCAGCAGCUUGGUUAGACAAACCGUAAUUUACCAAGACAGUCGCAUCUGUGUACUAAGGAAACGAUUGAAAACUCACCGUCGUGAUUUCGCGUAGUACUUCGUCUGUUACCGUAGUAUUUCAUUGUAAGUAGGUCAUAAAAGGGAUUCUAUCCCCUCUGAAAAGAAUAAAAGACUAAAAUCAUACUAAAAGAACAAGCUUGAGU